CCGCCAUUUGUAAAUCGAUGCGAAGUAAAAAUUGUGUCAAGAUUGGCUGUUUAUUUCCAUCAUUACUGAUUAAAUAUUCGUCCAUUAAAUAACCAGUAUGGGUCAUAAUCAUCAAGGUUUUUGUUCAGUCCAGUUCAGAGUUGAAUAGUGGCAAAGGAAGCCGGCAUCACUUACAGAGUAUGGAGGGAAAUCCAUCUUCAGAUUUUACCUGCAGACUUUGCUUAAAGAGGUUUAUGUACUUCUCAGAUCUCUCUGUACAUGAACGUAUGCAUUUAGAACAGUUGGGAUAUGGAAAUUCAAUGCAAGGCCCAGUAAGACCUGUUUCUGAAAGGUCACUUCCACCUGCUUUAAACCCUCCAAACUCCCAAGCUGGGUCUCUUGAGAGCUUUGAUAAACUUGUACAGCCAUAUAGGACUCCUCUAAAUAGCCCUGAUGUAAGACAACAACUCUUAGAUCCCAGAGCUGUUGUUUCACCAACAGGCUCAGAGGGUUCUGCAGUAGAUAUGCAAACACUGAAUAGAAAUAACAGUAAUUCCAGAGAUCCUUUGGUGGCAUUAAAUCAAGAGGGACUAAAUGCCGUGCCUGCCAGUCCGUCAACCGAUAGUGUUCGAAGUAUGAUAGCUUCGAGCCCUGCAGACCAGAGAAACUAUAUUGCAUCAAGUCCUGCAGAUCCAAGGGGUGGAUUUCCUGCAAGUCCAUUGGAAAGUAGAAAUUUUGUGCCUCAUAGCCCUGCUGGGGACCAACGUUCCAUGAUGGCUAACAGCCCAAUUGAUCAGAGAAUCCCGGCAGAUCUGAGGAAAGUGAAUGCAACUCAACAAUAUGAUGUACGAAACAUUGUUCCAUCCAGCCCUGCAGAUGGCCAUAACAUGUUGGUGCACAGUCCUGCUGACAGGAGAAAUAUGGUUGCACACAGUCCUGCUGAGCAGAGGACAAUGAUGGCAUCCAGUCCUAUAGAUCAAAGAUUGAACAAUGUGGGCCUUUUGGAUCAAAUGACGAUUCAGGUUCCAGGGGACCCGCAUGCCAUAAUGGUACAAAGUCCUGUUGAUCAUAGAGGUCACAACGCGAUUAGUCCGGCUGAUCCCAGGGCACUGGUUAACAAUAGUGUGGCUGACCAGAGAUCCAAUGCUAUACAGUCUAUUGUGGCAGAUAUACAAACGUUUGCCUCACAGAACUCCGUAGAGGCCAUAUCGCAGCCUUCAGCCAUGCCCCAGAUGUACAGGCGCGAGGAGGGUCAGGGUUUUCAGAUGGUCCAUCCACGGUCCAUGGAGAGCCACAACAGUAUGGCACGGCCAGUUCAUCCACGUUCGAUGGAGAGCAACAACAGUAUGGCUGGUCAGGUUCAUCCACGGUCGAUGGAGAGCAACAACAGUAUGGCUGGUCAGGUUCAUCCACGGUCGAUGGAGAGCCACAACAGUAUGGCUGGGCAGGUUCAUCCACGGUCGAUGGAGAGCCACAACAGUAUGGCUGGUCAGGUUCAUCCACGGUCGAUGGAGAACCACAACAGUAUGGCUGGGCAGGUUCAUCCACGGUCGAUGGUGAGCCAGAACAGAAUGGUGGGGCCUGUCCAGCCACAGUCGAUGGAGAUCCACAACAGUAUGGCGGGGCCGUUCCAUCCAAGGUCAAUGGAGAGCAACAACAGUAUGACGAGGCAGGUCCAUCCACAGUCAAUGGACAGCCAUAGCAGUAUGGCAGGGCCACAUCAUAUGUCCACAGGCACCAGUGUCCCCAACAAUAUGGGACAGGAUGGACGCAGCAUUGGAAUGAACAAUUAUAGUGGACCAUCUUUCCUGGAGAGCCUGUACGAUAUCCCUGGGAAACCACCACCUAACCCCUAUGCAACCACUCCGAUGUCCAUGGCUGGACCUGGGCCUCCUAUCGACAACAGAAACUUUGUAAAACCUGGCCUUGAUGGUCAGGGCUUGACCAAGCCAGAUACUAACUAUGCCAUCAACAAGCUGCUGAACUCUCCACCUCUGCAUUCACCUCCAUUGCAAACUUCCUACUAUCAACAGUCAUAUCCGGCCCAUGCUCCACCGAGAUAUGACAUGAGUGGAAGCAAGGGCCCCAGUGGUCCAGUGAAUUAUGUGAACUAUAACCAGCCUGCUGCAGAUCCUAGUGCAAAAGUGGAACAGAUUCUUCACAAUCCUAGACAGACAAUACAUUACGGUCAGCCAAACCAGCCUGGCCACCUUGUGCCUCAGAAUAACCAUUCCCAGUAUCAAGAUACCAUUCCUACUCCUGAUUUACAGCAGAACCAGCUCAAGCAAAAACCUCCUGCACCAUAUCAGUCUCCCACGAAUAACUCCACUGUUGCUAAUCCAGUUCCUGUUAGCAGAGCAACUGAACAAAUGCAAGGUUUCAUGCAUCAACUAUCUACCUCAACUAAUACCACACAAAGUCAUUUCCAUAAGGGAAGUCAGUCACAUACCCAGAUCCACACUCCUCUGCCUACCAGACCACAAACAAAGCAAGUGUCCAAUCAACCUGCAGGAUACGUGAACCCUGUGCCUCGAUCGGAAGUUAUCUGUUACAUAUGCAAUGCUCCUUUCAUAAAUAUGAUUGCCCUCUCAGAGCACAUGAAAGGACAUGCACAAGGAAUGGUCAAUCAAAAUGUUGCAACUCCAACCCAGCCAUUCAAUCACGUCCCCAAUUCAGUCCCAAACCAGGGCCAGACUUACAACCGCGUCCAGUCACAACAACCUAAAAAGUUGGACAGUGUGCCUGUCAGUAACCAGAAAGUUGGAAAUACCAUAACCAAUGUGGUUGAAUUCAAAUGUGAAGUAUGCAGUAAGUCCUUUCCAAAGCAGAACAUGCUAACUGAACAUAUGAAGAUUCAUGCAUCUCUGGAAAAGUUUGAAUGCAGCAUUUGUAAAAAGCAGUUUAAAUCCAAACUGAAAUGUGCAAGGCAUGAAAAGGUCCACCAGAGGGACGUACGAUUAAUGCACUGUGAAUUCUGCGAAGCUGGCUUUGAAUUCAAGGGGAAUUACUUAGACCAUGUGUUAAAAAAGCAUGCUGAUUCAGCUGUUGACAUGAAAGAACUGAAAACAAGAGAACCAACUGUUGGUACUAAGAAGGCUGUGCCUUUAACUGGUGGCUCGAUUGAUCGAAGUUUUGAAAGUGUCGAAUCCGAGACUGAAAAAUGUCUUAGUUGUCAAGUUUGUGACCAGGAAAUUGAAUGUGAAAAGUUGGUUGAGCAUUUGAAGACCCACCCAAUGAUCAAAUGUGAGAAAUGCGAUCAGGUGUUCAUUCAUAAGACUGAAUAUGUUGCCCACCUCAUGAGUAAGCACAGAAAUGAACUGCAUAACACAGCUGAUGCGAAUAUUGCCAAGGCAAUGAAUAAAGCUGCUGAUUCAGGAAAAGAGAAAGUUGUAAGUGCAGUUAAGGAAAAAAAGGAAAAAAUCAGCCAAGAGUUGCAACCAGCCAAGAAGGGAAAUGAUUCAAAAAAGAAAGAAUCAGACAAAGAUAGUUCUGUAACAGUUAAGAAAAAUUCACAACAGGCUGAAGAGGUAAAAGCCAAAAAAGAAAGCAAAAAGAGAAAGUCAAAUGCCAAAAUAUCAAAAGGUAUUAUUUAUGAUAAUGAUGUGGAAGAAAAAGGGAACAAUGAAGAGGUGGAAAAAGUACCUGAUGUUGUUGAGUCAAAAUACUAUUGUUAUGAGUGUAGCACCCCAUUUACCAACCAGACAGAACUGAGUGAUCAUUUCCUUACACAUGAGAAAGAUCCAAGCAGAUUUUACUGUGAAAUUUGCUUCCUAUCUUACCAUCAUAGGAUUGAGAAGGGCUACUAUAUCUAUCACAUGAAUUAUCACUGUGAUGAUGAUCUAAUGGCGACCACACAGCCAGAGAACAUCCAGUGUAAUGUUUGUCAUAAAAUGUUCUCAAAACAGACUCUAGUUACACAUAUCAGGAAAGAGCAUGCUGUGUACUCUUGUGACAUUUGUGAAUGGUCAUAUUCAACAGAGAAAGUCUUAGUGAAUCACAUGCGAAAAUGUCACCCGAAGGAGCAUAAGAACUAUGCUUUUGUGAAGAAAGCUUAUAACCCUAGGGUUUUAGAGUAUAAUAAACAGACAUCGGAUCAAGCUGACUUGAAUGAAAAGGACGCAAAACAGAUAGAAGAAAAGACUGCACCUGAUCCUGAUAGAACGAUACCGUGUUCUAUGUGUGAUAAGAUGUUUUCUAAGAAACACUACUUGGACAGGCAUAUGUUGUCCCACUCCUCCAUUGAGAAAACCCAGGUAGCCUGUGAACUAUGCAAUGAGGUGUUUUUGUGCAAGGGAACCUAUUUGUAUCAUGUUCAGUUCCAUGCUGAACUGAAUUCUGAUGCGGUAAAACAUGAAGAAACUGUAUGCAAGAUCUCUGAAGUCACUCAUAAAACAGAGGUUAAAGCUGAAGUAAAAGAUGACAAAACUGAACUUAAGGUUGAAAAUGAGGUUAAAACUGAAGUCAAAUCAGAAUCCAAAACUUUGGACAUGAAAGGACCAAAGCCUGAAAUACAGCCUAAAACAGAAGAGUCAUCAGUUAAUAACAACACAGUGAAAGAUGAACUGAAGCCUGUCAAAGAUGAAGAAGUGAAAUAUGAAAAAGUGAAAGAAAAGAAAUCAGUCACAACGACUAUUCUAAAUCCAUUAACUGGCAAUCUAGAAGAACAAACUAUUGAGGAAUCAGACAAUGAACCAGGUGUUUCCUUUGAUCCAGCAAUAUUUGAAAGUGACAGCAAGGAAAAUAGUGUAGAGAAAGAGAUUGGUGACAAUAAGGAAGCAGAUGUAAAAUCCAAGGUGUUUGUUAUGUGUAAGCUAUGUAGCAGAAAAGUUUCGAAAUCAGAGUUGUCUCAGCAUAUGAAAUCUCAUGAUCUACAUAACUGCUUUCAUUGUGAGUUUUCUUAUGUGAAGUUGAAAAAGUACAUUGAGCACAGGCAGGCCUUGCAUUUGGAUGAAUACAUAGCUGAUGAAAUCAAAAGGCUGGAACUCCUUGAUAACCCUGAAAUAGAUGACAGCAAGAGUCUGAAUGAAUCAAAUCAUGGUGAAAAAGAUGUAGCAAAAAGAAAACGAGGGGCUAAGCUUUUAAAUUGUUCAUUGUGCAAUACAGAGUUGAAACAGGACAAAUGCAUAGAACAUCUGAAAUCACAUAUCAAACCAGUAUAUUUCUGUGAGUUUUGUAAAAGGCCUUAUUCAAAACAACUAUCCCUAAAGAUGCAUGAAAAGUCCCAUGAAAGAAUUGCUCAUUCAAGAACUGAAUUACCACACCCUAAAGUUUGUCCAGUUUGUGAUUGCAGAAUUGAGUCGAGAUCAGCUUACAUGGUUCAUGUCCAGUCUCAUAGAAGAAAGGGAACCAGCCCUUGUAAUCUCUGCGAGUUGGUUUUCCUAAGUGAAAAGAAUUUGGACAAUCACAUGAAAGUGUACCACGAUUCACAGAUAAAAGUUUACUGGAAACAUGAUGGUGAGGGGCUCAAGUUUGAUCUCAGAACUGGCCGAGUUGGGGAGGCCAUGUCUGAUCAUUUGCUAGAAAUUCGCGAAAUUAAUGAACUUCUUAAACAAAAUGGAAGACCAGAGAUCAUGCACAAGACUACGCCGAAAAAAUACAGGGAAAGGAGUAUGAGUUCAAAAGGUGUUGAAAAGUUUGAAAAGAAAAUUGUGCAUGGUAAACGUAGUGAAGUUAGUGAAAGUGAAGCAGUAAGCACUGUAACUGAAGAGGAUAAGGUUAAGUCUGAUACCUCAGAUGAAGAGUAUGUUCCUGACGAGGAGGAAGAAGAAAAAUCAAGGAAAAGACAGUCUGGACGAGUAGUUAAGAAGGUUGAAAGUGAAAAACAUGAAGAAAGUCCACCAGUGAAGAAAAGGCGAAGUGUCAGAAGUCGAAAAGAAACUGAAAGUGUAGAAAGUGACAAUGAAAGUUCAACGAAAGAGUAUAUUCCUAGAGGAACAAGAUCAAGAGAUGUUAAAAAUGAUGAGAAAAAGAAAAAGUCCAUUGAUGAUAGUCAUAGUGACAUUCCUGCAACAGAUAAAAAAUCACUGAAGCGAAAUGACAAGAACUCAAGUAGCAAACAAGUGGGCAGGAGAACUGACUUUACUGUGACAAAAUCUGGAAAUAAGUUGAUAAUGAGAAGAACUGGGCGAGUUUUACGAAGUUCACUUGAAAGGAAAAUAUCCAAUCCUCACAUCAGAAAACUUGCAUUGAAAAGAAAACUGCACGUGCCCUUAAAAGCUACCACAAGAAGGCUGAGAGGGGAUGAUGAGAAAAAAGGGCAAGUAAAAAUGUUUGAAGAUGAAGAUGGAGAAUUUCCAGAGAAAUGUGCAGACUGUGGGACAUGUCAGUUUUCCAAGAGAAGUUAUGAUGAACAUUGCAGAAUUCAUUCAGGUGAGCAGCGCUACAAGUGCCCAAAAUGUGACGAGAGCUUUAGAAAAACUAUAAGUCUGAAGACUCACAUUCAGUUUAAGCAUAAAGGUUUUAUGCCAAGAAAUCUGAAGAAGUGCCUAAAUGAAUCCACAUCUCCAGUUGAAGAAAAUUUGAGAGCACGAACACGAAAUAUUGUAAAAGAUUUAGGCAGUCCAGUUGCAUCCAGUACUCCAAAGCGCAGUCCAAAACUGGUUGUCCGGCUUUCACCUAUUGAUGGGAAGGAAAAAAUUGGUAAAAUUGAAAACAAAAAGCAAAUUGACUCUGCAAACAAAUCUUCUGAGAAGGCUUCAGAGAAAUUGAAAAAUACUGAAAUUAUUUGCCAUUUGUGCAACAAAACUUACUGCCAUCAAUCAAACCUAGCAAGGCAUAUCAGACUUUCCCAUAGAACUGCUACAAAACCUAAGUCACAGGUGAUAAACAGAUCAACGAGAAAGAAAGAAGAAGAAAGUUAUCCAUUUUCCUGCAAAGAUUGUUCAGAGUCAUUUAAAAAGAAGCGAGACCUCUAUAUUCACACCAAAGUGCAUCAGGUGGAGAACACAAAUGAAACAAAUGACCUAGAAGUUGAUACUAGUGAAGGGCCCAAGGAUGAUGAAAGUAAAGAAACAGAAGAUGAAUCAAUGAAACAGGAAAUUGCAAAGAACAAUCCUGAUGCAGAUACAAAUGAAACCCAACCUGGGUGUGCUUCAAAAGUUAGUGAGAAACUGAAAGAGAAAAUAUUGAGGAGGAAUUUGCAAGAUGGCGUUGGCAGCAAAGAAGAAAAAGAAAGUGAAGAUGACCGAAGUAGUUUGUUAGGGAAAAGAAAAGUGGUUGAAGAUGCCAGUACUGAACUAGUUCAGAGAAAAAGGUCAAGAAAUAGUAAUGUUAGUGACAGUGCUGUAGCACAGACUUCAAGUGAUAAAGUAAUCUCAGGGGAAACUGUUGAUGAGGAUGAUGAAAGCGAGGUGGGGAAUGAGAAAGUCAGGACUGAUGAAGUUGCCAUUGGUAAUAGUUCGUCUCAGGAAAAUUCUGGUUGUGAAAACAAUGACAAAAUUGGUAAAAAUGAAGAUCUGGAUGAGAUCUUGGAUGACAAAAGAGCUGAUACAGACAGUGAUGAUAGGAAAACUCCAAAAUCUCAAGUUCCAUUCAAGAAAAUUUCUGCUGAAAAUGCUUUGCAGAAAUGGCGAAACAAAGUGAAAGAAACAUUGGCCUCACAGCUUGAGCUGAAUGCAAACAAAAAGCAGGAACAAAUUGAAAAUCCAGAGAUCACACGCGUAAAAGAAAAACUUUCAACGAAACUUAAAUGCGAAGUGAAAAACUUUGAGUGUCGGAUCUGUGGUGAUAAGUGUAAUGAUGAGGAGAAAUUUCGAGCUCAUAUGGAAGAACAUUUGUACGAAUCUCCGCCUUACUGCAGCAUUUGUGACAUUUACUUUAUGGCCAUAUAUCCAAAGAAGAGACUGGCAGAACACAAUAGAAAGAAACAUCCAAUUGUUCUGUGAAUUGUGUGAAAUGUUUAAAUUGAUUUUGAAUGUUAGAUCAUUAAUACAUAUUUUCAUGUGUUGUUAGAUCAUUAUAACAGUACCAUGUGUAUCUCAAAGUGAACAUUUGAUGAUGUUUUAUCAUUUAAUCAAGCAUUUCGUUCACAUUUCACACAUUUUUUUUUUAUGUCUAACCCUUGUGUACGAUUCCAUUUAAAUGCCCAGUUUAUUGUUUUCUUUUUGUUAUAAUGUCAGAAUGAAAUGGUUGUGGAGAUGAAAUUUUAAAGUCUUGUUUCAUACAUGUAUUUAGUCUAGAUAAAUUUUCUAUAAUCCACUUGUAACUACAGUAUAUGAAUGAUAAAAAAAAUGAAUAUUUGUCAUGAAUACUUCAAAGUAAAAAUGCUUUUGUCAUGUUAAUGCAAAAAUAAUUAAAAAGUUUGAAUAAGGUAAAGUUUCAAAGUAAUUAUAUGUGGAUAAGGGAUGUGAUCACCACAUAUGGCAAUUGGCAUUAAGGUUUCUAGUCAUUGUAUAAAGCUACAGUAUGUGUAUAAAUGUAAAAAGCGAUUCUUUUUAGAAAAAAAUAAGUAAAUAAUCUUAUUUCUUAAAGCUGCAUUUUUUUGUUCUGAACUGUCAUAUUUAGAAGUGUUAGAAUUAUAAAUAAUACAAAAACUCUGUUUCAAGAAGUAAUUUUUUUAACAAAACCAUGUGUUCAAGAAUAGUGAUAACUAUAGUGUUCUUUUUUGAUUUAUACAUACAUGUAAUUUCCUAUGUGAGGUGAUGGGUGUUUUGUACCAUUAAGCCUGUGUAAUGUUGGUUUUGAGAUUUUUUCGAUUAUUUAUUAAGGGAUGUUUAAUAAAGUACUGUAAAUCACUGUAUAGGUCACUACAAUAGAUAGGAUGCAGGCAAAAAAAAACAAGAACAAUCAGGGACAAAACCUUAAUACCAACAAAACCAUAGUUUGCAGUGAAAAAAUGUAAAAAUGGGCAGUCGCCAUAUUUGUUUUAACGAUUUUUAUUGAAUUGUGAAGAAGGCAAAGGUUAUAGUAAUUGUUAAAAGUUUAUGAUACAUUUCUUUAAAAUGAACGUGUUAAGUACCUGGUAGUUAUGAAAAAUUUGUUCAUUUAUAUUGCUUGUGAAUUUUUUUUAAGUGGUCUAGGUGUGAACUUGCCUCUAGUGCCCAUGGGUGUGAUCUCAUGGUGUCUUGAAAUGAGUACCAGUUCUGGUUUCUUUUAAGGAUAUGGAAUCUUGUCUGAAGGUUUAUAGCUGUCUUAACAACUGAGUAAAGCAAAUUAGCAUAGAAUUAAUAUGUGUUGCAGUGUGUAGAAACUAGUGUGUCUGUUAGCUAGUGUGUGUUCCAGUAUGCGGUUAAGAUCUCAGGCAGCAAUUGUUCUCUGACAGACAUGAUUUAUGUUACAUUUUUGAAGUUAUAUAACAAGGCGCAUGGUUUUAAUAUAUCAGGUACUUGAAAUACUUGUAGGUACCAACACUUGACUAUCAAAUUAUGUUAAAAUUACUUCUGCUUGGAAUCUCAAGUGCAGUGCGCAAGCAUAAUUAUUUAGAUCCUGUUAAUUUUGCAUUAUUUGAACAGUGUAAAAGUCGAAGGUUACUAUAAAGAAAGUUUUAUUCAGAUAUCUUCAACAAACAGGAAAACAACUUUGAAAAAAGCUGGAAGUGUUUUAGUAAUAUUUGAAUUCUGAUAUAUGUAUGUAUAAAUAUAUUGACAAAAUUUUAAAGGAUAAAACAUUUGUUUAUUGAAAACCAUGUUUUGUACUUGACCAAGACCCUAUGCAAUAUAGUUCAAGUUUUGUCUGUUUUUGAGAAAAAAAUGUUUAGUUGAAUUAUGUUUUUGAAGAAAAAAUGUCUAGUUUUACUAUGUUUUUAUAGAAAUUGUGUUAUGGUAUACUAUGUUUUUGAAAAAAACAACACACUAUGUAGAGGUAUACUAUGAUUUAAAAAAAACUAUGUCGAGGUAUACUAUGUUUUUGAAGAAACAAUGUCGAGGUAUACUUUGUUUUUGAAAAAACUAAGUGAUGGUGUACUAUGUUUUUGAAGAAACAAUGUCAAGGUAUACUGUGUUUUUGAAGAAAUCAUGUCCAGGUGAACUAUGUUUUUGAAGAAAUCAUGUUGAGGUAUACUAUAUUUUUGAAGAAAUCAUGUGGAGGUAUACUAAUGAUCAGUUGGCAAAGCAAGUAUUGCAACUUGUUGAGUACUAUUUUUCGUAGAUAAUUUGCCAGAUAAUGCAACCAAGUUUAUAUUGAAUCUUUUUACGUAUAGUUGAUUAAACAAUUGUUUUAUUGACAACAGGUGACAGGGCGAUUGUCAUAGGAUAGCCUUUCUAACAACUUAAAUGUUGACCAUAUCUUGGAAAGUGUUGUUGAUAUUGAUACGAAACUUUGUACAAACCUAAAUGGCAGAUCACUUGUGUAUAACAAGUCCCAUGAAAUUUGCUGAAAGAUCUGUUGAGUAAUGUUCUUUCAAUCACUGAUAAAAUUAACGAAGAAUGUGAGCAUCCUCAUGUUUGAUCUAAUUAGUGCUUAAAUGGUGGAGUAAGAUCUGAAAUGAAAUUUCAAUUUUCAGUCUUCUAUGUUUUAGUUAAUCUAUGUUAGUGUGCAAUAGAUUCUUAGUUUAUCUUGCCUGUAUUGAACAACACACCUCAGUUUUAUAAUAUAUAAAUGUGCACCUGUAUGAAUGAUGAAAUGUAUUGAAUUGAUCUGCUUUUGAUUUCUUAAAUAUGUUGAGUUAUACAUGUUUUUGUUGAAAAUUGAAUAUUAAGAUGAAAUGCUGUCAUAUGUUACUUGUAAUGAUCUUAAGUGCAGAAACAUUUGAUGUACAUCUCUUUGUAAUCAGAAAUGGCAUUCAUCAGUAUAUUUUUAGCACCAUGAAGUUAGUACUUUGUUGGGCCAUUUCUUUGAGUCAUUAGUAUGUUUCAUUUGUACCAUGUAGGUUGAUGCAAUAUGCAUGUGGUAUGAUGGGAUAUGCUUGUUUAUAACAUCUGGCAUUCAAUAGUUCCAAACUGGUUAUUUCAUUGGAAUAUUUAAAUGUUAUCCAUUAAAUACUAUAGCCAAUCAAAUCCUUUGAACAUGCAUUAUAGCCAAAAGAUAGAAUGUGUUACCAAAUAGCCAGUUUUAUUCAGUUGACCUCAUUUAUUUUUCUUUGAGUUGAAAGCAUUUUAAAGCGGUUCUAAAUGUCAGGAUUAUUUCUGAAACAAGAUUGGGAGCUUUCAACUAUAUUGUUCAGUAGAAAAGAUUGUUGUUGUUUUCUUGUACAUUUGCAUGAACAACAGGAGGAAAUACCUUGAAAUUAUUAUAAAUUAACCUUCGGGAACAGUUUCCAAGGGGUCUUAGCCAUUUUUCCCCAUGCUCAAACAGAACCGGGUUAUAUUUCAGGAUUGACAAUUGUCAGCUGUUAGAACUCUUGUUUGACUGUAUACAGAUACUUUCCUCGUCUUCCAUUGAACUUAACCUUGAGCUAAACCUUUUGAAUAUGGCAGAGGAACACUUAAAUGGUGUUCAUGUCAUAUUGAAUAUUUUAUUAGUAUACUUUAACCUUUGUUCUUCUGUGUGGAGUAAAUCCCAGCAGUAUUAACCCUGACUGUUCAAACUGUUGCUGUAAAUUUAGUGUGUAUAAUAUGUACAUAUCGACCACAUUAUUUCUAGAUGUAUGUGUAAAUAAGGGUUUUCGUUAAUAUUGAUGGGGUUAUUGUUUUAUCAUAGUUUUGUUAUCAAAUGAUAGACCUGUUGUUAAACUACUAUGUUAGCUUUUUGCAAUAUCACAUACUGUUGAUCAUCUCUCAUCACUACUUUUUAUUAUUCCUAUGUGAAAGAUGCAUUUGAAAAAAACCUAAUUCUUACAUCAUGUUGUAUUAAAUAACCAUAUUA